GUGACAAGCCGUUUACUUGUACCCAUCCUGGUUGCGAUCGUAAAUUCGCAAAUAGUAGCGAUCGGAAGAAACAUAUGCAUGUCCAUACGAAUGAUAAGCCAUACGAAUGCAAAAUUAAUGGAUGUCGCAAAUCGUACACACAUCCAUCUUCACUUCGAAAACAUUUAA